UCAUCAGCCACUGCUGUCGGAGCGAUUAUGGUUGUUGUUAUUAAAUCGCGUAAUUUAAAACAUCACAUCAACUUAAAAUAUUAUGCUGACCAAUCGCAACGCAUGAAAAUAAGUCAAUAAUGGGCGGAAUGGAUACAGACCAAUUAUAUUCCGUGCGCUGGAAUGAAUUCCACACAAGUAUUAUAACAUCAUUCAGACAUUUACUCGAUCAAGAAGAUUUUAUAGAUGUUACUAUCGCCUGUGAUGGUCAAUCAUUUACUGCACAUAAAGUUGUGCUCUCUGCAUGUAGUCCUUACUUCAGAUCUCUGCUCAAGGCAAAUCCAUGCCAACAUCCGAUUGUAAUCCUUCGCGAUGUUAAGAAACAUGAAAUGGAAGCAUUAUUAAGUUUCAUGUACAAUGGAGAAGUUCGGAUUAAUCAAGAACAUUUACCAGAAUUUUUAAAGACUGCUCGUAGCUUGCAAGUACGAGGUCUCGUUGAUUUUACUAAAGAAAAUCAACCGUCUUCGUGGGGAAGUUCAAGCGUAGUUCCAGUUGAUGUUAUUGGAAAAAAUAAAGCCAGUGAUAAUUUACCUAGCCCACCAUAUAAAAGACAACGUAACAAUUCUGAACAGUUGACUACUCAACCACUGACUCCUAGUAGUAGUUAUAAURCUGAUAGAGAUAAAGAUACACCAUCACUGCUCGUUCAAGCAUUGGAAUUGAAUCAAUCGCAGUCAAACCAGAAUAAAAAUACAGUUGACUCAUCAGUCACUGGUCAUUCAUCUGAUGAAGAAGAUAGCAAUUCUGGAGAUUCAGAUGGCAGUCAUACUGUUAAUGACAAUAGACGUUCAGAUGGAAAUCAACAAAACAAUGACAUUGCUAAUCAACCACAAAUAUCUCAGGCCCAACAUUCAAAACUAGAACCUGUGGAUUUUUUAUCAAGUAGUGGUAAUAAUCAUGACCUACACAAUACAUCAAUUUCGAUUGAGCAACAGUCCAGGCAUUCUUUUCCUACAUCAAUAUCAUCUGGAGUUUCAAUUAUAAGUAGCUUACAAGGAUUACCGGGUCUAUUACCAGGUCCGUCAGGCAUACACAACAAUAGCCAAGAAAACAGCUACGUCAGGAGAUCGAUCGAAAUGACCCGAGUGAGGGCAACCGACCCAAGACCAUGUCCCAAGUGCGGCAAGAUCUAUCGUUCGGCACACACACUCCGUACACAUCUGGAGGACAAGCACACCGUGUGUUCUGGAUAUAGAUGUGUUCUGUGCGGCACAGUGGCCAAAUCGAGGAAUUCGUUGCACUCACAUAUGUCACGUCAACACCGUGGUAUAAGUACCAAGGACCUACCCGUGCAACCAAUGCCGUCCAAUUUUGAUCCGGAACUGGCAUCGAACCUGCUGCUGAAAGCCGGAGUCAAGGUGUCGCCGGCUGAACUACGGGCGAGGGCUUCGCCGACGGACGCGGUGACGACCAGUCACCGGCGCAGUGACGGCAAGCUGGACUUGCAGUCAGCCAACAGCAGCGUGUGCGGCGGUGACGAUCCUGAGGACCUGACCGUGAACUCGUCGGGUCACCACCAUCACAGCCACCACAAUAACAACAAUAACCAUCACCACCAGCAGUACGGCAACAACAACAACAACAACAACAACAACCAACAGCGGUACAGCGACUCGCAACAACAGCAACUGUUGCAGCAGCAGCAGCACCUUCUCCACAACAGCGGCGGUGGCAAGUUUCCGACGGCCCUAGACUUGAUCGACAAUUACGCGCGUGCUGGAGGCGGUGGAGGCAGCGGCGGAGGCGCCCUAUCGCCGUUCCUGCCGGCGUUCGCGGCUUGCGGCAAAGACCUGCCACCGGGCGACAGCAAGAUCUCGCCGUACAACAACAAGGCGUUCCUGGACUCGUACCUCAAGGCGCUGGUCGAGACCAACCCGCCGCUGUUCUACGCGUCCAAGAUCGCCGGCGACAUGAUCAAGCAUGAGAUCGCGCCCGACGACGCGGAUUACUCGUCUGCGUCCGACGAGGACGACAUUGACGAAGACGACAUCGACGAGGACGUCGAUGAGGACGUCGGUGACGAGGACGACGACGACCGCCGUCGUCCGCGCGGCCAAAGCGAAGGCAGCAUAUAA